CUACGGCUGCAACGCGCGCCGCGUGGACGAAAUUAGGCCCAGUCGGUUCGUUGGAGGAGACGAGACGUAGAGGCGAUGAUUUCAUGGUCAUCACACUAAUAAUCACCUGCAUCCGUGCAGUAGUCCUUCUCACGAUCCGACACCAAUCGUCCUUGUCCUGGAGUCGAUCACAGGCACCAUUCUCUCUUCUCUUCAUAACCACCUACCGACCGACCCAAGCGAUUCACAGGCACAGAGGACCUCCUUCCUUCGCACUCAUUCUUUCAGACAGUCUUGACUACUUCCACGAGGUAAGCGGAUCCAUCUCCACGAGUGAAGACGUUUCCCUUCUUCGAUGCUGCAGGAACAACCACCCUGCAGGGCUUCUAUGGUCCUGCGCCAGAGCUGUGAACCAUGGAAUUCGCAGCUUGGCACACGUCCAGCUUCGAUCAUCUGCAUAAGCAUGCAGACAACCUGAACACAGUCACGACACGAUUAGCAUCAUGCUACUUGACCCUGUUGAGAUCAUUAUUGUCUUGAAUGAUAUCCACAUUCCCAAUUAACAACAUGCUUUCCUACACACAAAGAGACCUAUCUCCAUACCAAAACUAACCCCCAUCCCUCUCAGAAACAAACCUCCCAAACAACCUCCCACGACCAA